AUGUCUCUGGUCCGGCCGACAACGGUGUUCGUCCUGUUCGCUCUGUUGGCUGUUCAUGCUGUUCAAGUGACAGCGAGGAUACACACGCUGCCGAUACACGAUGAUGAUCGACGGUUCAUAGCAUUGACCACUUUUGGAUUUUUUCGUGGCGGACUGCUUGAAGUAAAAAUAUUAGACUUUUACUUACCUCCUGAAAGCCUAAACGAAACUCAUGGCUUGCUGCUUGAAAAGUCUUUAUUUGAUGAAGGGAAUCCCUACAUUGAUUCUCAACAAGAAAUCUGUCCAAUUGAAUCUCCUAACCUAUUUGAUAUACGAAAGAAUUCUAACCUGGUAGUUUUCAGGUUUAAUUUUCCAAAAAAACUUGUUACCAUUAAUUGUUCACAUACCAUGAAGCCAUUUUAUUUAUUUGAAAACAUGGACGAAUUCAAAAACUACCAGAAUAAUAUUGAAGAUGAUACUAAAACAAGUUACUUUAACAAAACUUUACCAAUUUCAAAUGGUUCUCAACCUGACAGUUUUAAUAUAAAAUUUGUUGUUUAUGUGAAAUCGAGAUCAGAUGAAGGAUUGUAUAAUUUAUAUUACCACAACUGCCCAAAUUAUGCCACGUUGCCAAAGUCUAAACAAAGUUUUACGGUCACUAUAAGUGAGAUUAAUGCAGAUGGGAAUUAUUUAUCGGCUGGUGACAUGCCAUUGCCAUCUUUGUAUUUUUCCAUGUCCAUUAUAUAUUUUAUCACUGGUGUAUUGUGGGUUUAUUUCUUAUACAGAAGCACUUAUUCUGUUUACAAAAUACACUAUUUGAUGGCUUUAUUAGUGUUUCUAAAAGCAGCAACUUUAUUUUUCCAUGGUUUGAACUUUCAUUUCAUUCAAGUCAAAGGACAGCACAUUGCCACUUGGGCUUUUGUCUACUAUGCGAUUCAUUUAUUGAAAGGAUCAGUUUUAUUCAUAACCAUUGUUCUAAUUGGUACUGGCAUGACGUUUGUCAAACAUGUUUUGUCGGAUAAGGACAAGAACAUCUUUAUGAUUGUUAUACCCUUACAGGUAUUAGCUAAUGUAGCCUAUGCUAUUAUUCAAGAAUCCGAAGAAGGGGAUAUGCAACACAAUGCUUGGUUGGAUUUGUUUUUACUUGUCGAUUUCAUGUGUUGCGCUGCUAUUUUAUUUCCCAUUCUUUGGUCUAUACGACAUCUACAAGAAGCAUCACAGACGGAUGGUAAAGCAGCAAUAAAUUUACGGAAACUAAAGUUAUUUCAACAAUUUUAUGUUAUGUUAGUUUCUUAUAUUUACUUCACACGCAUAUUGAUAUAUAUGCUUAGAAUGACAGUUCCAUUCCAUUUGUUAUGGCUUAAUGAGUUCUCUAGAGAAACUGCAACAUUUAUUUUCUUUGUAAUGACUGGAUAUAAAUUCCGACCGACAAUUGCAAAUCCUUAUUUCCAAGUGGCAUCAGAUGUUGAUGAUGAUGACACAGACAUUGUUAUUAGUCAUUUUGGAUCUGGGGUUAGCAACCGUUCUAGAAAGAAAGCAAACAAUGGUGGGGAAACUGCUGAGGACGAAAUUAUGUUAGUGGAUUCAUCGUCGUGAUAUAAUAGAUAUUGUAUUUCUAUGAUACCAAGACUGAUACAAUUGAUCCAUGAACUUUUGCUGUGUCUUCUAGUCUUUCUUUUAAGAGUAGACAAAAUUGUUCCAUUUGUACAAAUUUGUACUAAAUUAUCGCACAACAUUUUACUGUUUGUUUAUUUAUGUAAUAAAUAUAGGUCAAUCACUUUGUUACAAUAUUGUCUAUUGUAUAAUUUUUGAUUGAAUUUUUUUGUAAUUUAUUAGAUUUAAGUCCAUGUUCCUUAGGCAUUGUUGCUAUGUAUUAUAUUUU